ACUACUUCAAAAAGAACGCACCACAUUUGAAUUUGUACUCAUUUUAGUUUUAUUUGUUGAUGUUUUGAUUUGAUAAUUUGUAUUAUGCGACUCGACUAGAAUCAAACUGAGUACUGCUUAAAGUUAAAUACAACUAGUUCCUUCAUCCUCAAACUUUCAAUGUUUGUUCGCCUAUUUACAAGAAAAAUCACCCGACUAUCAUCACGCCAAGACGUAAUUCUUCGAAGAACUAUGUCGGCUAAAUUGCUAUCAACUGAAAUAUCCAAAAACGUUUUUGGUGUAUCGCAAAUGUGUGCAACAAAUGAUAAGAAUGCAAAUUUUGACAAAGUAAGGCAGCUUGUUGAAAAGGCUAAAAGCUUGGACGUUAAGAUUCUGUUCUUACCAGAAUGUUGCGAUUUUGUUGGCGAAAACCGGCAAGAGACCAUUGCAUUAUCAGAGCCGCUUACCACGUCCGUAUCGGCGUUUGCAGAAAUCGCUAAGGAGAACAAUAUGUGGUUGUCACUUGGCGGCAUUCAUGCAUCGAUUAUGGAUUCGGCUGGCAAAAAAACCGAUAAAAUCUACAACACUCAUGUGAUAAUCAACUCAAAUGGUGAAAUUGUGAAAUCCUAUCAGAAGUUACAUUUAUUUGAUGUUGAAACACCAACAUUCCGUUUCCGCGAAUCUGAUGUUGUUUCCAAAGGACAAAGAAUAAUCCAGCCAAUUGAAACGCCUAUUGGUAAAUUAGGAAUGCAGAUUUGCUAUGACGUUCGUUUUGCUGAACCAUCCAUUGAAUUACGAAAGCUAGGUGCUGAAAUUCUUUCAUACCCCUCGGCAUUUGCAUUUGCAACUGGACAAGCUCACUGGGAAGUAUUGUUGAGAGCUAGAGCUAUUGAGAAUCAGUGUUAUGUUGUGGCACCAGCACAAAUAGGAUUCCAUAAUCCUAAAAGGCAAAGCUACGGAAAUGCAAUGAUUGUUGAUCCUUGGGGGGAGAUUAUUGCGUGCAGUGAGAAAAAAGAAUUAGAUGUAAUUACCGCCCGAAUAGACAUCGAAAAGUUAAAUAAAGUUCGAAAGAAUAUGCCAUGCUUUGAACAUCGUCGAAACGAUGUCUACACUUUGACUGCAAUAGGAAGUGUUGAAUUGGAAAACAUCGAUCGACCAUUCGGUCCGCAAAUUAUUCCAAAAUCGACUAUCUUUUUUGAGAGUAAAUACUGUUAUGCAUUUACGAAUUUGCGCUGUGUUGUGAAAGGACAUGUUUUAGUAUCAACAAAGCGUCAGGCUCCUCGAUUAAAAGAUCUCAAUCCUGAUGAAAUAAGUGAUUUAUUUACUACAGUAUGUAAAAUACAAAAAAUGCUAGAAGAGCAUUACUGUACUUCAUCUGCAACAGUAACAGUACAAGAUGGACCCGAUGCUGGACAAACCAUUAAUCAUGUUCACUUCCAUGUAAUGCCUCGUCGUCCCGGAGACUUUGGACAUAAUGAUCAAAUUUACACACAACUUGAGAAAAUAUUUGAAAGUGAGAAUCGUGAUAUCAAUGAAAUGAUUGCUGAAGCCGAAAUAUAUCGCAAUAUAAUAGCUAAUAGCCAAAUGUAAUUAAAAAUAAAAACUGUCAAACAAUUAUAUUUUUAAGAUUUCAAAGAAAAACAUUAAGUUUUUUAAUAAUAAAAAAACAAUAGAUGUUUAA